AUGGACACCCCAUAUGGAGGUGCAACGCCUUUGACAGCAAAUCAGCAUCAGAGAAGGUUAAAUUGGCUUGGAAGGACAGUGCUUGCCUUAGGUGCCUUGAGUAAGGCCAUACGACAAAAUCCUGCAGAAGAAACUUCACAUGUAGUGAAGACGGUUGGGGUAGGCCUCACCACUACAUGCUCCACGAAGCACACGCGUCCGGUAUAUCCUCCAUAGUGAAGAGAUAUUCGGAAUGACCAAUGGCAGGGAUAGGGAGAUCCUCUUACAACUCCAGAAGCUUAAUGGAGGCAAUCGAAGAGGCUAGUGGACCACCCUGAACACACUGUCGGGCGGGGGCAGCACCCUGUCCUUUAUAACUUUUCACCAAGCUAAACUGAUGAACCUGAGAGGACACAAAGUCAACCUUCAAAUAGUUAAGGUUGGGGGGUAGUUAAAGAGCUACAGUCCUGCUGCUAUGAACUUCGCCGGAUUGACAAUGCUAAUGCUGUUGUCACCAUAAGCUUACUUGGAAUACAUAGCAAACAGUAUCUACAGACAUCACUCCAAUCAAAGUAGAUGGUAUCGUGAAGCUGUUUAGGUCCUCAUCAGUAGACACAGGGAAGGAAGGACAAGUUGACUGUCUUAUUGGCUAUGAGUAUGCUGCCUUCCACCCUGUACGAAAGCAAGUGACCGGACACUUGUUGCUGCUAGAGAAUGGACUUGGAUUGCUGGUAGGAGGUACACACCCUACACACGUUGAAGAGAUCAAGAAGGUUCUAGAACAUGCAACUGUCCAUCAUGCCAUGGUGCAAGUGAAUGACAUUUACAGGUUAGAGUAGUUAAGGGUUGAAUGCAAUCCAAGAUGUGGACCAUGCAAAUGCGGACAGUGUCAUUCAGAAGGAAAACAUAUGACAGCUAAAGGAGGAAAGGGAAUACAACAUUAUUGAAGAAAAACAUGUCUGUAAGGCAGAUCAGAAGAAAAUUUGGGAAUCAGGCUACCCGUGGAUCAAGGAUCCUAGAACAUUACCAGACAACAAGAGUGCUGCCUUCACUGCCCUGAAAGUUACAGAGAGACAUCUCAGCAAAGACCUAGUACACGCCACAGUAUAUCGCAAGCAGAUUGAAAGUAUGGUUCAAAGCAGUGUUGCCUGCAAAUUGACCGAAAAGGAGACUAAAGACUACCAGUUACCAAUAUUUUUUCGUAUCCCACCAUGAAGUUCUUAAACCAGAAAGCAAGACCACUCCUUGCCACAUCGCGUUUAACAGUAGUGCAAACUUCUGGUGACAUGUAUUAAACAAGAACUAUGCCAAGGGCCCAGACAUGUUGACCAACUUGAUCAAUGUUUUGCUAAGGUUUUGAGAGGAAGGAGUAUCAUUCAAUUAAUAUACCUCUGUUAGAUCAAAUGACUCAUUGUUUCCUUUGGAGGGAUAUGGGUGACCAGAAAGAACCUGAAACAUAUGUAUGCAAUGACAGACGUGAACACGGGAGAUCGCCCGUCAGGAACCAUAGCAAUAGUAUCGCUUUGCAAAACAGCAGAAAUGAGCAUGACUGGGUAA